AUGUUCCUUGUGUCUCUUGAUCGUAUCAUUAUUGCCACGGCCAUCCCCCGCAUCACUGACGAGUUCCACUCCAUCAACGACAUUGGCUGGUACGGCAGCGCCUAUGUUCUAUCCAGCUGCGCGACGCAGCUGCUCUUCGGCCGCAUCUAUGCCUUUUACAAGAACAAGGUUGUCUUUCUCGCCGCCAUUGUGCUCUUCGAGGCUGGUUCGGCUCUGUGUGGUGCGGCGCCCAACUCGGUCGCCUUUAUCCUGGGCCGUGCGUUGGCUGGUGCCGGUUCGGCGGGCGUCAUGGCCGGUGCCAUUGUCCUCUCGAUCCCGCUCGUGCCGCUGAACAAGCGGCCCAUGUUCCAGAGCAUGCUCGGUGCCAUCUUUGGCGUGUCGUCUGCGAUUGGCCCGCUCAUCGGUGGCGCGUUCACCUCGAAUGUGCACUUGACCUGGCGCUGGUGCUUCUACAUCAACCUGCCUAUUGGAGGCGCGUCGAUUGUGCUCAUUGUGCUCUUCCUUCACCUGCCCCAGCCGCCGCGCUCCCAGGCGCUGCCUGCCCUUGAAAAGGCCAAGCGCAUGGACCCCAUCGGCACGCUUCUGUUCACGCCGGCUGUCGUGUGCUUCUUGCUCGCCCUCGAGUGGGGUGGCACGGUGUACGCGUGGAACAGCGGCCGCGUGAUUGCGCUGUUUGUGGUCUCGGGCGUGCUGUUUGUGGCCUGGGUCGCCAGCCAGGCAUGGCUCGGUAGUGAGUAUGCCACAGUGCCCGGGCGCAUCAUCCGCCAGCGGUCGGUCAUGGCGGGGUUUGUCUUCUCCAUGUGCAACGGCGGUGUGCUGCUCUCGUUUACCUACUACCUGGCAGUCUGGUUCCAGGCCAUCCAGGGCGUCGACGCACUGCAGUCGGGCAUCCGGUCGCUGCCGUUUGUGCUGGCGCUCGUGGUCGCGUCUAUCAUCGGCGGCGGUCUCACCACGCGUUUCGGAUACUACACGCCCUUUGCCAUUGCCUGCUCGUGCCUCUUGUCCAUUGGCGUCGGUCUCGCCACCACGCUGCGUGUCGACAGCGGCCACAGCAUGUGGAUUGGGUACCAGGUGGUGGCCGGCCUGGGCAUGGGCUUUGGCAUGCAGAUGUCCAGCCUGGCUGCGCAGACGGUGCUGGCGCCGUCGGACGUGCCCGUGGGUGCCUCGCUCAUGUUCUUUGGCCAGGGCUUGGGCGGCUCCGUGUUCUUGUCCGUGACGCAGAGCAUCUUCUUGCAGAAGCUGUUCCAGGACCUGUCCACGGUGAUGCCGGCCGAGGCCGCGCGGCAGCUGGUCAACACCGGCGCCACGGCGAUCCGGUCGGCCGUGUCGGCGGGCUUGCUGCCGGCGACGCUGGUGGAGUACAACAAGGCCCUGACGACGGCAUAUUACGUGCCGUUGGCCGUGGCCUGUUUCGGUAUUAUUCCCGCGCUGUGCUUUGAGUGGAAGAGCGUCAAGAAGGCGCGGGAGGCCAUGAUGGCGGGCCAGAAGCCGGCUGCUGCCACUACCGCAAAAGACGGCGAGGAUGCCAGCAGCGCUGUAUAG